CUAUUUUCAAAAGGAAAAAAGAGAAAAACAAAAAAAAAAAACAACCACCGAAAAUUUUUUUAAAAUCUCAUCAAAAGAUAUCAGUAGAGAUAUCAGUAGAAGUAUCAAGAUAGGCAAGGAGUGAAAGAGCAUGGAUAGCAGGUUAAUAAUACCAGGUGAUUCUAUCGACCAAGAAAACACCAAUGGGAAUAAUGAAAGAUCAAAUAAAACCACGAUUGGACCAGGCAUUUAUAAAACUCCUCAAGAACAAGAUAUUAUACCAACACAAUCAGGAAUACUAAAAUCGAAUUCCAGUAAUAAUAAUCGAUUAAUCUAUAUUGAAUCAAAUCCAAAAAGAUAUAUACCUCAAAUAAAUGAUUUUGUUAUUGGGAUUAUAACUGGGAUUUAUGGAGAUUUUUACAAAAUUCAAUUACAGGAUUUUAGUCCAGCAGUUCAAUUAUCAAUGUACUCAUUUCCAAAUGCAACUAAGAAGAACAGACCAAAUUUAAAAAUUGGACAAGCAGUUUAUGCUAGAAUUGCAAAUUGUAAUAAAGAAAUAGACGUUGAAUUAGAUUGUAAUGGAUCAGGUUUUGGUUUAUUAGAUGAAUCAGGUUAUAUUUUCGAUAUUAAUUUGAAUUUUGCCAGAGAAUUGCUUUUCAACGAAAAUUCCAUUUUCCUUAAUAAAUUAAGUACUAAAUGCUCAUACGAAAUUGCUAUCGGUAUAAAUGGUAAAAUUUGGUUGAAAUGUGGAGAUGGUAUCAAAACUAAUAAAGACGAUGAUGAAGAAGAAAAUUCCACCAUUGAUGAAGAUUUGGAAGCUGCUGAAAUUGCAGCUGAACAUGAUGAUAUCGAUGGCUAUAACAUUUCAAUGUCUAAAAAGAAGAAAAAUGAUGAAGAAAAAAUUAAAAAGGAUAAUAGUUCUUUAGUUAAAGAUUUGAAAAGAACUUUGGCUGCUUCAAGAUUUUUAAAUAUUUGUCAAAAAAUUAACUUGGAUCAAGUUGAUGAUGAAUUAAAUGCUGCUUUUAGAAAUAUUGAAUAGUU